AGAAGAUAGAACAGCGUGUGUUAUCCUGUCCGGGGGAACUCGAAGAAGGCGUUCGUUAUCCUCUGCGGUUUGGGGGUGGGCGAGUCCAGUGAGAGAGGAGGACGGCGAGGAUGGCUGGGAUGGCGGCGCUGCAGGGCGCCAUGGCGUCGCUCUCCGUCUCCGCGCCCGGCGCGGCGAGCACCAGCAGCUUCUGGGGCAACCGGCUCGCCACCCAUUCCGCACCGCAGCCUGGGAUAAGGUUUAUGGUCAAGAUAUGCCCGAUUGAAAUGAGACUUAAGAGAUGGGAGCGAAAGAAAUGUAAACCGAACAGCCUUCCUGUGCUGCACAAGAUGCAUGUUAGGAUUGGGGAUACAGUACAAGUCAUUGCAGGCCGUGAGAAAGGUAAGGUUGGAGAAGUUACACGCCUUUUCAAGCACAACAGCACUGUGAUCGUGAAGGACCUGAACUUGAAGUCAAAGCACAAGAAAGGCACAGAGGAUGAACCGGGUGAAAUCGUCAUGAUUGAGGGCCCAAUUCAUAGCUCAAAUGUGAUGCUCUACUCGAAGGAGAAGAAUGUGACAAGCAGGGUUGGCCACAAAUUCCUCGAGGACGGGACCAAGGUCCGGUACCUGGUCAAGACUGGGGAAGUAAUCGAUAGCGUCGAAAAAUGGGUAAAGGUGUUUAAGGAAGGAAAUUCGGAGUAACCAUGUUGGCAUGAAAAGCCUGCACAUGCUCUGAACCUUGCAUGCCGAAAUGAGUCUACUUAUUCCUCUGUGUUGUUGCUCCCAUCCUUUAGCUCCAGGUUGUUUUGUUUGUAAAUUAUACAGCUGUCACAAAUUUUUGUAACACAAUACAUGCUCACCUUGUUUCAUCAGCCAGAACUGCUCUCUCUCGUGUACCAUCAUUUUCUUGUGCGUAAGAUAUUAUAAUGCAAUUUUUCAAAGU